CCAGUGCUGGGUCAAACGUAAGAUACGAAGAUUCGUACCUGCGAAAUAAUUAGUGCGAACGCGAACCCACUCAGAACACCAUCAGUCCGGUAACCAGACCUGCAGCGUGCGACGAACAGGUACCACUUAGCAGUGCUGCAAAUUUACAACCAUCCGGUGUGAUAUCUUUGCUCUAAAAAGGAGUACAAAUUUUUGCAAUGGACUUGCUGUCAAUUUCUUGCAACGAAAGAGCAGAAAUUUUAAAACACUACGGUGUUUCCGAGGAACAAGUAAAGGAAGACGUAGAAUUAAUUAAAUCUUGGAAGCAAAAACAGCCACAUUUACCGGAAAACACAUCAGACGACUUCAUUGCAAGAGUGUUAUUAAGAAAUAAAUUUAGAGUUGAACGUACGAAAGAAAAACUAGACAAUUACUAUACCCUUCGAGGUUACCACGAUGCUCUUGUUCGGGAUUUUGAAAACAUUGUUCCGUCGAAGCACUUCAUUCAAUCUAUUUUUAGCACUCAUCUGCCACUCCCAAAAUUAACUCCAAAUUAUGAACGUGUUAUUAUAAUGAAGCUGAUUAACACAGACAUCGAAGUUUAUGACAUGCUGGAACUUAUAAAGUUAGAUUUGGCUGUAACAGAAGUAACAAUGCAAUAUGAUGGCAGCAUUGGAGUUCGAUAUGUGAUCGAUUUUGGAGGAUUUACAUUAAGACAUUUGGCUAAAUGGAAUCCACUUUUAUUGAAUAAACAUGUAACACUAAUUGAAAAAGCAUAUUCUUGUCGUAUAAUGGGCUUUCACUGUAUUAAUGUUCCUGACUUCGCUACUAAUAUUCUAGGAUUACUCAAAAUUGUGUUGAGAGCGAAGAUUUAUGACAAGUUGAAAAUUAACAGCAGCCUGGAGUCUCUCUAUGAAGUGAUACCGAAAGAAUGCUUACCUUCUGAAUAUGGAGGCUCUUGUAGUAACAUUCCAAGUUUGUUGAAAAAAUGGGAUGAAGUUUUUCAAAAUCACCGAAAUUUUUUUGUGGAAAAUUACAAAAACGUUUCCAUGGAGCACUUACGAACCGCAGAUUUGGACAAAAGUGAUUCAUUCGGACCUGAUGGUACUUUCAAAAGAUUAACCAUUGAUUAAAGGUUUCUGUCUGCCUCUCUUCGAUCGAAAAAUUGAAUAAAUUUGAUUAAAUAGAUAAUUAUAGUUCUAACCAAUAAAACUUUAAAACUUU